AUGAACAGUCUUACCAGUGCGGUGGCGAAUGGACCUGCGGAAUACGGGCUCGAGCUAGGCCGCGAUCGAAUCAUCUCUACUUAUACAACAGAUGAAUCAACGGACUUGACACAUGAGAAGUUGGCGGAGCUAUUCCAGAAUGUCGAUACCAUUGACGGUGCAUUAACAAUUGUGAACACUUCGUACAGGAACGUCAGUUUCUUCAAGGCGAUAAGUCGAAUUAGGCGCAACAUAGAGAGGAUAGGAUAUGACCUUUCGAUAGUGAACAACACUGAACUGACAUCGAUCGAUGAAUUGCUCUUCCACGAUCUAUUGGACGUGGAAAUUUCGGAUAACCCGCUCCUCGCGCUGGAUUGUACGCAUAUCAUAGAAUACUACAGUAAAGUGAGAAGAAUCCAAGGAAACGUUAACGAUUGCGGAUGUGAAUUGGAUGGGGCACUUACACAAACGACCAUACUUGCAGUGGAAGAUAACUGUGAACUUAUCUAUGGUGAUUUUAUUCUUUCGGGAAAGGAUACGCCAAGUUCUGAUGUAUUGGAACAGAAGUUCGGCAAAGCCACCAUACUUGCUGGCCAACUGCUGGUGAUGGACACUGAUAUCGUUGAUUUGAGCUUUCUCGGCAAAGUACUGAUCGUUGAAAAAUAUCUCACCUCUACCGGUAGAAUUUCUAUUUAA